AGAGGGAAAGGAUUGGCUUUUAGAAGGGUUCCAAGGGCCCUCAGACCCAAGAAGCUGGAGAGAACCAGCAGAGUCCCAGUGUGGCAUGUGAACAUGCUGUUACUGUAAUCACGCCAUGUCAGGAGCCAGUGGUGUGGGAGACAGGAUGGGGCUGGGCAGGACCUGGGGACAAAGGAAUAGAGCUGUGUGUGACACCUAGGCUGAGUGGCUUUACCUCCAAGCCCUGUCUUCCCCUGUAAGAUGUGGGACCCUGAGACUCAAGUUACAAUGAGGUUUUAUCUAAACCACUUCUGGGCACGGAUGACAAAAGUUUCUUCUUGGACCAAGAUGACUGAUGGAAACCUUUCCACCUCUAUGAAUGGUGUAGCAUUGAUGGGCAUUCUAGAUGGUCGGCCAGGAGAUUCCCUUCAGGACCUGCAACACCUGAGUGUUAAGGCACCCAUAUCCCUUUCAGUGCCUGACUAUGGACCCACACUAAAACUUGGUACUUUGGAAGAUCGACACAGCCUUCAGUCAGUAGACUCAGGCAUUCCUACCCUGGAGAUUGGCAACCCGGAGCCUGUCCCCUGCAGUGUGGUCCACGUGAAGAGAAAGCAGUCUGAGUCAGAGGUCAUCCCUGAGCGGGCCUUCCAGAGUGCAUGCCCCCUGCCGUCCUGUGCACCCUCGGCUCCCACCAGCAGUGAACAGGAGCAAGUUGUGCGGAAGUCUUCUACAUUUCCCAGGACAGGCUAUGACUCAGUGAAACUCUAUAGCCCCACCUCCAAAGCCCUGAGCCGAAGUGACAAUGUCUCUGUCUGCAGUGUAUCUAGUCUCGGCACAGAGCUGUCAACUACAUUGUCGGUCAGCAAUGAGGACAUCUUGGACCUCAUGGUCACAAGCAAUUCCAGCGCCAUUGUGACCCUAGAGAAUGAUGAUGACCCACAGUUUAUUGAUGUCACUCUGAGCUCCAUCAAGGAAACCAGUGACUUACACCAGCAGGAUUGUGUUGCUGAGACUGAGGAGGGGAAGAAAUUGAAACUAUUCCAGCCAUUCAGUCACUUCUUUACAAGGAAUUUGCUUGCUAGAAAACAAAAUGCAAGACUUGAUAGACAGAGGGACUUGGGAUGGAAACUGUUUGGAAAAGUCCCACUCCGAGAGACUGCUCAGAAAGAUUCAAAGAAAACACAAAAGGAAUAUGAAGACAAGGCUGGAAGACCAAGCAGGCCACCCUCUCCAAAGCAGAAUGUGAGGAAGAACCUGGAUUUUGAGCCGUUGUCCACCACGGCACUCAUCCUUGAGGACAGACCCGCAAAUCUCCCAGCAAAACCAGCUGAAGAAGCCCAAAAGCAUAGACAGCAAUAUGAAGAGAUGGUGGUGCAGGCCAAGAAACGAGAGCUUAAAGAAGCCCAGAGGCGGAAGAAGCAGCUGGAGGAAAGGUGCAAGGUUGAAGAAAGCAUCGGAAAUGCCGUCCUCACCUGGAAUAAUGAGAUCUUGCCUAACUGGGAAACCAUGUGGUGCUCUAAGAAGGUUCGAGACUUGUGGUGGCAGGGAAUCCCUCCGAGUGUGAGAGGCAAAGUAUGGAGCUUGGCCAUUGGCAACGAGUUGAACAUCACCCACGAGCUCUUUGACAUCUGUCUGGCCCGGGCCAAGGAACGGUGGCGGUCCCUCAGCACUGGAGGCUCAGAAGUGGAGAACGAAGAUGCUGGGUUUUCAGCAGCAGACAGAGAGGCCAGUCUGGAGCUUAUUAAACUGGACAUUUCCAGAACGUUUCCUAAUCUCUGCAUUUUCCAGCAAGGUGGUCCAUAUCAUGACAUGUUGCACAGUAUUUUGGGCGCUUAUACUUGUUACCGGCCGGAUGUGGGUUAUGUUCAGGGCAUGUCCUUUAUAGCUGCAGUGUUGAUCUUGAACCUAGAUACUGCAGAUGCCUUUAUUGCUUUUUCUAAUCUUUUGAAUAAACCCUGUCAAAUGGCAUUUUUCCGAGUGGACCAUGGCCUUAUGUUGACUUACUUUGCUGCAUUUGAGGUAUUCUUUGAAGAAAACUUGCCGAAAUUGUUUGCGCAUUUCAAGAAAAACAACUUAACUGCAGACAUCUACCUAAUCGAUUGGAUCUUCACCUUGUACAGUAAGUCCCUGCCCUUGGACCUGGCCUGCCGCAUCUGGGAUGUAUUCUGUCGAGACGGGGAGGAAUUUCUCUUCCGAACAGCUCUGGGCAUCCUGAAGCUGUUCGAGGAUAUCCUGACGAGGAUGGACUUCAUCCACAGUGCCCAGUUUCUGACCAGGCUGCCUGAGGACCUGCCAGCAGAUGAGGUGUUUGCAGCCAUCUCCACAGUCCAGAUGCAGAGCCGGAACAAGAAAUGGGCACAGGUGCUGUCUGCGCUGCAGAAAGACAGCCGGGAAAUGGAAAAAGGAAGCCCAUCCCUCAGACACUGAGGCUCGGGUAACUCCCACUUGCCACUGAAGCAGAGCUCCAAAUGGCACCUGUGUGCUUUCAGACUGAAGCCUGGGAAGAACAGGGGCUCUUUCCAUGUUGGAUUUCAGAUGCUGGAGUUGGCCUUAAAACAAAACAGCUCUUAAAGAAUUACAUCCAGGCUUAGCCUUAAGCAGCUCAGUGGACCUAUGCACUGGAAUUGGUCAUGGCUAGCCACUGCAUUUUCCACAUGGGUUCAAGAAAGGGCAGGCUGUCUCCUUGCUCCUUUAUUCCAGCAGCAGUUAAUUAAAUUGUGAUGCAAUUAUGCCAACUA